CUCAAUUACUAGUGUUUAAAAAGGAACCAUAUUAAGGUUUAGGUGAAUUAGCAAGUUAUGCAUCCUCAUGAUCUCUAGAUGAAUUCCUCCAACUCUUGGCGGCCACGAGAGAUGCUGCGGUCUCUGUCGGUGUGCAGACCUCGAGAGCGGGCAUUUUCCGUCAUCUCUUUCGCGCCGGAUCAUCCAGGCUGCGCGGAGGCACAGCACGGGUCACGUCGCCUGUUCCCUCUGACACACAGCGCGGCAGCCGGAGCGAGCGAGAGGCUCCGACCCAGACAAGUUGGAGGAAAAGCUGAACAAUCCCGAGCCUCAGUUACAAUUGUGCGUGGUGGGAAAAACAUGCGCUCACUUCUGCAGAAAGAAGCUCAUCCAUUACACAUUUGUCACUGCACAAUGCAUCCAGUGGACAUCCUUGGCUAAUUGACUAGGCAUCCUGCUGGCACGCUCCUCUUCUCACCUGGCCGUUUGCGCGUGUGAACUUCCGAAGCCAUCGAGCGCGGUGGGAAAGAGAGUUUUUGGUCCAAAGUGAAGCUUUCCCGUGACUUUUUCCUCAUUGAAAGUGCGAUUUGUGUAAUUUAGGACGAAGAGUACAUAUUUAGUGAUUGAGUUUUGGACAUUAAUCAAGACUAGAGAGAGAGGGAGAGAAAAGUUGUGAUUUUCCAACUGAAAUGUGCUCAAAGAUGCUCUGCCGUCGGGUGUGAAUUUCACAAGUGCUGGUGAUCUUUUCUUCCUGGGAAAUUCUCAGUGGAUUAGUAGGAUUUCUGUGAAGGACAUUCUGGAUAUUUAUCACUGAACUGGAUUAUCAGCUCGUUGCGCCAUGAAGGAGAAGAGCAAGAAUGCCGCGAGAUCGAGAAGGGAAAAGGAGAAUGCGGAGUUCAUGGAGUUGGCCAAAUUGCUGCCACUGCCCAGUGCUAUCACAUCACAGCUAGACAAAGCAUCUAUCAUUAGACUAACCACAUCGUACCUGAGAAUGCGACAAGUUUUCCCCGAUGGACUGGGAGAUGCUUGGGGAACACAACACAUGCCUUCAAACCCUAGAGACUUGGCUAUCAAAGAAUUAGGAUCACACUUACUCCAGACACUGGACGGCUUCAUUUUCGUGGUGGCGCCGGAUGGAAAGAUCAUGUACAUAUCGGAAACGGCUUCGGUGCACCUGGGCCUAAGUCAGGUGGAGCUCACGGGGAACUCCAUCUACGAGUACAUCCACACCGCAGACCACGAGGAGAUGGCGAACGUGCUGUCUCUGCAUCCCAACGUAUUCACAGUGCCACCCUUUGGUGUCACCGGCGGCGGUUUCCACCAGCCAGCGCAGCCCCCGGGACCCCAUCUGCCCCCGCCAGGCACCGCAGCGCCCCUCACGCCGCCUAACUCCGUGCACAGCACGCCGCCGACCUCCGCGGCCCAGCCUCCGGCUCCCAACCCGCCCGGCGGCCUGGCCCACCUCCACGGCGUCCCGCUGAACCACCAGGCGCAGUCCUCGCAGACGGUGGAGAUCGAGAGGUCCUUCUUCCUGCGCAUGAAGUGCGUCCUGGCGAAGCGCAAUGCGGGCCUCACGUCGUCUGGGUACAAGGUGAUCCACUGCUCGGGCUAUCUAAAGGCGAGAGUCUUCCAGAUGGACUCGCUGUACGGCGAGGGACACAGUUGCGUGCAGAAUCUCGGACUAGUCGCUGUCGGCCACUCUCUGCCACCGUCAGCAAUCACAGAAAUCAAAUUGCAUCAGAACAUGUUUAUGUUCCGGGCGAGCAUGGAUCUGAAAUUGAUCUUUCUGGAUGCGAGAGUAUCUCAAUUGACGGGCUACGAGCCGCAGGACUUGAUCGAGAAGACGCUCUAUCAGUACAUCCACGCCUCCGACAUCCUUCACAUUAGACACUCGCAUUGCAUUUUGAUGUGGAAAGGCCAGGUGACCACGAAGUAUUACAGAUUCCUCACGAAGGGCGGAGGCUGGACGUGGGUGCAGUCCUACGCGACUGUCGUGCACAACACGCGCUCAUCGCGACCGCACUGCAUCGUGAGCGUGAACUACGUGCUGAGCGACCAGGAGUGCAAGGAUCUGUUGCUGAAUGAGGUGCAGGGACCAGUGCGGAAUGAGCCUGUCCUGACGCCUCAAACGCCUCCUCAGCUUCCGCCAGUGACCACCGCUGUGCCGGCCGUUCAGCACCACCAAGUGCCGACUGCCCAGGUGCCAGCGACGCAUCACCACCACCCACCGCCGCCGCCGCAGCCUAUGAAGGAGAUGACAGGGAACUACCAGGAGUACGAGCACUACCACCCCUAUCUGCACCAGCAGCCAGGCAUCCAAGGAGGCGAGUUCGCGUCGGAGAAUGCAUACUAUGACUCCUUCUUCACCACUUACGACAAUCACGAUCCCAGUGCGGCGCUGAGGCCGUUUUCAGCCAGUUCCAACAGCUGCAGCAGCUCAGAAGGUGAGCAACAGAUGUCGGGCAUGCACAUGAUACAGACACCGCCCAUGACAGCGCAAACACAAACCUCCGGCUACGAUGAGCUGAGCCACCAUCAGCAGCAGUUCAGCAGCAUGCACUGCUUCGGAGCGGCUGCGCCCGGCGGCGCUGGUGCCCUGCACCACCACCACGUGGCGCCACUGUCGCACGAGCCUGUGUUCGCAGACUACAAGGCGACGCCAGGGCCGCAGUACACGAGCGUGAUCGUGGAGCCGCAGAACUACCACAUGCCCAACGAGUACGUCCACUGAGACGCCAUUCGUCGCUGCACCGACGUGAUCUGGAUUUAAUUUAUUGCACAGUGUCUAAACGAUUAUUGGUCCCGGAUUCGACAAAAUCAAUAAAGCGAAUGACAAUAUUUUAAUUGUAAAAAUGUCGUGAGAGUGAAUCACGGUGUGGACAUUUAUGUAAAUAUGCUCCCGGUUUGCGCGCUUCUCACACUUAACAAUCUCCCGUCCUUCCAUCUCAAUUAUGUUGCAUCAAAUGGAGCAUGAAGAGAGUCACAUAGCAAUCAAUUUUAUUGCAAUAACUGAUGCAAGAGGCAGAGGAAUAAUUGCCCAGUUGAGGGGACAGCAGCGCGAGAAGCACCUCAGUGUGUGCGCACUGAUCGAUCUUCAAUCUCUAUUAAAAAUUUAUGGAGAUCGCAACGUUUUCUUUCAUUUUCUUCGCGACGCUUGGAAAUCUCAUUUGCAAGAAAGCCACAAAGAAUGUAUUCAAUUCACAGAGUAUUAACUGCUUAACACUUCUCUAAAGCUA